UUUUGAGAAUCCUUGGUAAUAAGUACUAUAUUUCUAUUAGCAUAAGAUUGGAAACUUCAAAGUUAUAAAGCUCGUCACGAGCAAAUAUAAGAAAAAGGUGGAUAAAGUAAGAAAAGACAAGUGCAAAAAAAUGUUAUUAUGAGACAAGAAAAAUAAGAUAAUAAAAGUGGGAUAGAUCGAAGUAGAAUAAAGUAUAUAUGUUAAAACCAUAAUGAAAUAGAUAGAAAUGAAAUAUGAUAAAAAGAAUUUUUUUUUUUUUUUUUUUUUUUAUAAAACUAUACAACAGAAAUAGUAUAAAUCGGAGUAUAAAAUAAUGAUAUUAGACUCAUUUUCUUUGCCUAAUGAUCUCACAUACAUUAUACGUAAACCGAUUGUAAUAUGCAAAUACUUGACUAUUCUCUCAAAUUAUAAAUGCAACUAACCUAAAAAUCAAAAUCAACUUAUUAAAAACCUGUAAUCGGAUCAUACACCCACCCUACCCUAGCCCCUUACCUAAUCUAAACAACUCCAUUACAAUAUCAACCUCCUCAACUUCUUAACACUCUCCACAAUUUCCUCAUCUCCUUAUUUUGAUUUUUAGGCAUUGUACAAUAAUACUUAAAAAAAAAAAAAAAAGGUAAUACUUCUGAAAAAUAAACAUAAUAGAAGAUCCUCCCAUUUUCAUAUUAAUUAUUCAGCGCUCCUCCCUCCACUGGUAACGGUCGAAUUUCUUCAUAAACCUUGUCUCCCUCCCCAUACCUAGCAUUACUUCCUCAUCAUCAUCUUCAUUCUUCUCAAUCUCAUUUUCUCUCUCCUAAUUCGCCGACAUUUUUCCUUAAUCUGCUUCUUCGUUCAAGGUUAAUAUAUUUGGUGGUUAUAGAUAUCUAUUAAUAUGGGUGACAUUCAGAAUGAUCCUCUUUCACAAACAGAAACUACAUGUGGGUCUCUUUUGUAUGAACUUCAGAUAAUAUGGGAUGAGGUGGGUGAGUCUGAAACAGCUAGGGAUAAGAUGUUACUUGAGCUUGAACAAGAAUGCCUUGAAGUAUACAGGAGAAAAGUUGAUGUGGCUAACCGCUCUAGAGCUCAGCUACGACAGGCUAUUGCUGAUUCAGAGGCAGAACUUGCAGCAAUCUGUUCUGCGAUUGGAGAACUUCCAGUACAUAUUAGACAGACUGAGCAAAAGGCUGGAAGUUUAAAGGAGGAACUUAAUGCCAUUCUUUCACAACUAGAAGAGAUGCGGAAACGAAAAGCAGACAGGAAAAAUCAGUUUCUUGAGGUCAUUGAACUGAUUCAAAAUGUAUCAAUAGCAAUAUAUGGAUCGGCUGGAUAUGAUAGCUCAACGGAAGCUGUGGAUGACAAUGACCUGACUCUAAGAAGGCUUGAAGAAUUGCAAAAACAACUGCAGUCCUUGCAAAUGGAGAAGAGUGAUCGCCUGAAGCAAGUCCUGGAGAACCUAAGCGCAUUGAGUUUAUUGUGCUCUGUCCUUGGAUUGGACUUUAAGAAAACUGUAAGAGAACUUCACCCCAGUUUAGUUGAAUCCGAAGAAACUUUUAGUAUAAGCUCUCAUACACUUCAACAACUGGAGUCUUCCAUAAAGAAUUUGCGAGAGCUUAAGCUUCAGAGGAGACAGAGGCUCCAAGAUCUUGCUACCAUGUUGCUGGAGCUCUGGAAUCUGAUGGAUACACCAGUUGAAGAACAACAACCGUUUCAACAUGUCACGUGUAAUAUUGCUGCUUCAGAAGAUGAGAUAACCGGCCCCAACAUGCUUUCAGCAGAUUUUAUUAAAUACGUUGAGGCAGAAGUUUCCAGGCUAGAAGAGCUGAAAUCAAGUAAGAUGAAAGAGCUUGUUUUGAAGAAGAGGGCAGAGCUAGAUGAAAUUUGUCGGAAGACACAUAUUAUUCCUGCAUUAGAUGAUGAAACAGAACAUCUUAUUGAGGCAAUAGAAUCUGGAGCUUUGGACCCUGCUUCUGUCCUUGAACAAAUGGAACUAGAAGUUUCCAAGGUCAAAGAAGAAGCUUUUAGCCGCAAAGAUAUUCUGGAAAGAGUUGAGAAGUGGUUAUCUGCCUGUGAGGAGGAGGAGUGGCUUGAACAAUAUAAUAUGGAUGAAAAUAGAUACAAUGCAGGAAGAGGUUCUCAUCUCAUCCUCAAACGUGCAGAGAAAGCACGAACAAUAGUUAAUAAGCUUCCAGGAAUGGUUGAGGCUCUGGCUGCAAAAACUCAACAUUGGGAGGAAGAAAGAGGUCUUGAGUUCCUGUAUGAUGGUGUUCAUCUUCUUUCUAUGCUCAAUGAGUACAUUACAUUACGACAGGACAAGGAACAAGAAAAGAAACGACAGCGGGAACAAAAGAAACUUCAAGGACAACUGAUGGCAGAACAAGAGGUACUUUUUGGCUCUAAACCCAGCCCAAUGAAGUCUGCAAAGAAAAGUUCUAGAAUAUCUGCGGGAGGAGGAAACGGUAGAAGGGUUUCUAUUGGAGGAAAUGCGCUUCAAACACCUCGGCCUGACUCAUCUCAUUCAGCCAGAGGAACACCAAAUUUGCGACCUUCCAAGAGAGAUGACAACACGGGAUCACUAACUGUGCAAAGGGUUUUGGACAAGAACUUCACGUUCAAUGGUCGUGAAACAGAACCAGCUGUGGUACGAAGACCUUUCUCUCCCAUUUCUUCCACGGCAUCAACAAGAGCACACGAGGAUUUCUAUGAUGAUGAUAACAAUGCCAUGCAACAGCAAACAGUCUUUCAGAUAGAGACAUCCCAACAAAUAUUUACUACACCCUCAAGGAAUGUUCCUGCUGAAGAUGAAGAAAACUGGACUCCAAAAGUAAUGCACAUUCCUGAACCUGCAACACCUUCAACAGUUUCAGCUCCAAUGCACACAUCAAUGACACCUGCGCCUCUUCAUCAACCUGAUUUUCAUGAUGGUGAUAAUUUGGUGGAAGAAACUGAUGAAGAGGUUGAAUACUCAUUUGAGGAAAGAAGAGCAGGAUUUGUAUUGCCUAAUACUCAUCUUAAAAGAGUAAUACAAGUGUGACUGUGUGAGGCUAUAGUAAAACGUUGGAAGUUAGAAUCUUAGAGGAAUCCUUUUUCUGAAAACAUAAUCUUCGUCGGGGUUUUGUGGUCACAUUGUUCAAAUUACACUGUGAACGUGACUAUUAAAUCUUGAUUGAGCAGAGUACAUAAUUACUUAAUUUGAUGGAUGAGUCAAAUUAUUUUCUAUUGGCUUCUUCAUCUUUCUACACUUGUAUAUUAGUAUAUUACUACACAGUGCUGCAUUCUUAAUAUUUUUUUGUUGCUUGAACUUGUCAAUUGUAUGCUUGUAAAAUACUCAUAUUUCUUUAUUCAAUUGGAAAAAAUUACUUUCUCCUUUGACCAUUCAUAAUCUUUGUCAUGUUACUUUGACCACUGAUGGGGGGUUUCUCCCUCUUCUUAUUAUUAUUAAAAUAUUUUUUUUUCGGUUUUACCUUGGAGAUUUAUUGUCUUUGUUAUUUUUUAUUUUAGGUUUUACCUUAGACAUUUAUUUCUUUGUAAUAUUAGAAGGAUUAAUUGGAAACUCCACCAAAUUGGUAGGUGGUCAUCACAUGGCUUAUACUUUAUUGGAAAAUUUUCACUAUUUGCUUUGUUUGGCGUAUACUUUACUCCAUAAAAAUGAUG